AUGAUGGAUACUUCUUUCUCUUCCUCAUUAUUCUCAGUCCUGCAAAUGAUGGAACUUCUUUGGGUCACAGAAGAAAUCAAUAAAAAGUCAAUAGCUAAAAAAGAUGGACCUGCCGUGAAGCACAUCAGACGUCCUGAAAACGCUUUUAUGAUUUUUCGCAAAAGAAAAAUUCGCCCAUUUCACAAGGAACUUCAUGCAUCCGAGAUUUCAAGAUUAGCAAAGGAGAAAUGGUGGCAACUGUCCGAUGAAGAGCACAAAUACUACGCCCGUGAGUCUGAAAUAGAGAAAUUGAAGCAUAGCGCAAACUAUCCAAAUUGGAAAUAUAGACCAAAACCACCUAGAAAGAAGAAAACCUCUGCAUUGACUCAAAAAGGGACACCAUUACAGAGAUCACUGACACCCACAGCAAGUAAGUCAACCGUACGUCCCAGCGAUUUAAAUGUUAUACCAGAAAAUCGAUUAGAAAAGAGCACUAGCGAGACGCCCAAAAAUAUUUCAUGCCAUGGUUUAAUAGCUUCAAAUCAGCAUACUCUACAUUUCGAUAAUUUCUUGUCAAAUCCUUCAAAUCUACCCAUCGACAGCAGCAAUUCAAAUCUUAACGCCCCUUAUUUAAAUGGUGCUCAUCCAUAUCUUUCACAGGCACCAACUGAGAGUAGCAUUUCAAACCUUUCACUUGCACCCACUGCUGUAUUCAAUGAAUAUCAUAUAGAUUGUGAUAAUCCAAGCAUGGAGGAGUUGAUUGCAAAGGAAUUUUCGAUGUUUUUUACGGAUGAUAAUUUGAAUGACCUCUUUCUCUUCACUAAUAAAACACUUUAA